AUGACAUCAACACACACUGAUAUCGACUCCAAAGCCCGGAAAGCACUCGAAGGCACCAAGUUUGAGUUUUUAGAACUCAACAAGAUCACGGGUGGAUCUGUCAAUUGGAUCUACAAGGCACAGCUUGUGAAGCCUCUGGAAAAUGGAGAGAAGGAGGUUCUAGUCAAGCAUGGAGAGCCGUAUAUGGCGUCCAAGCCAGAGUUUGCGCUUCCCCCACUCCGCUGCGUUAUUGAGACAGAGAGUCUCAAGAUCUUAUCCAGCGAUUCAUCGUUCGACAAUACGCCGAAAGAAACACAUGGUUUCGUUGUACGAACACCAAAACUAUACCAUUUUGAUCAAGCCAGCUCGACUCAGAUAUUGGAGUUUAUGUCUGAUGGCAUUCAUUUGAAGGACUAUGCCAUUCAAAACUAUGGCUCCCCAACGCCAGAUUCCUUCAAGCCCCAAUGCCAGGAACUCGGAAAAGCAGUUGGUAGAUGGCUACGGGACUUUGUCACAUGGAGUGCUCAACAAAUUAAACACCGAGACCUCGUCGCCCAGAACGAGUUUGGCCAAGCUGUGAGGCAUAUGGUGAACUACGCAUGGCUUCAUGAGCGGAUUAAAGAAUAUCCAAGCAUACUGAAAGAUGCGAAAGAUAUUCUCGCUCAAGUAGAGCAGAUGGCCGCAGCAGAAAAGGAUGACAUAGAUAAACUUCAGAUAAUCCACGGAGACUUUUGGACCGGAAAUGUUGUUCUACCCAAUGUUGCCAUAGAAGAAGGGAAAGAGAUUCCAGUAUUCGUCGUGGACUGGGAAAUGACGCAACUAGGUCUGACCAUUGUAGACUCUGGGCAAAUGAUUGCCGAAAUGUACGCGUUGUGGCUAUACAAGUCCGCCGACGCAGGACUAUGGAUGAUGAAAGGAUUUAUUGAAGGAUACGGAGAUAUCAGCGAAGACUUUGCUUUUCGGACCGCUAUACACGUUGGAACACAUCUUGUUUGCGUGACUACUGACUUCCCAGCCUGGGGCCGAGAGAACUUCGAGGGGGUUGUUAAGGUUGGAAGAGAUAUUAUUGUCCAUGCUUGGAAAAAGGACCGCGAGUGGUUUGAAACGGGAGUGUUGGUAUCUCUAUUCAGGUCUAAAAAUUAG